CUGUCUUUUAAUUAUCAGCUUUCGUUACUGUCUACGAUCCUUUAUCAUCCGUUGUUUUAUCUUCUUCCCCUCUUCCGUCCCUCGGCUCUCGACAAGACCAUAACUAGGAGACCGCCUGGUGAUUGGGAACAGCCAGCAUGUCCUACCGAGAGAUAAGAAACCUGGUGGAACAUCUAAGGGCCCUGGGCUUCACGAGACUGGUGUCAUUGGAGAAUUUUUCAGUGCCCAAUUUCCCGCUUGUGGCAGAGAUCCUUACAUGGUCCAUCAAAAUGAUAGACAGUGAUUUUGACAUUGUAGACUCUACUGAGUGUGAGCAGGACCGUGUGAUACUCAUUCGCACAGCAGCUGUCUUCUUUUAUCAGAAAUUAGGACUGCGUCUAAACACCCUGCGUUUGUAUGGAGCAGACAAGCUUGCUGUACGAGAAUUGCUCAAAGUAACCUCUGGUCUGUAUCAGGCAAUGCAGACAGCAUUAAACCCAAGCACAUGCAACAUAGAAGAUAUGGAAAGUCAGAAGUAUUCAACAUCAUUGUCAGGAAAAGAAUUGCGGGAAGUACGUCAACUUGCAUCAACUAUUGUAAUGGAUGCGACUGCGCUGCAUGAUGGUUUGCAAAGAGAAAUUGACAACAAGAGCAAAAGGCAAGCAGUGUUGGAGCAGGCUAUAGAUGUAGAUUGCAUGGAAGCGACAGUUGUUGCAGCUCUGCACUCAUUUUCUGCUGCUAUUGCCCAGAUCAAGGAAUCCACUGAUCAGCUAGUUCAUCAGGGAACAGAGAUUGAAGAGAAAAUAGAGAAGAAGAGGGAAUCAUUAGCUAGAAAUAAGAAAAGACUAGAGGCACUGCAAAAGAUCAAACCAACUUGGCAAACAGAGUUUGAACAAGAAGAGAACGAGUUACGUCAGGUGUGGGAUGACUAUAUCACAAAGCAUAAGAAUUUAAUGUACUUAGAACGGCAGUUGCAAGAACUAGAAGAACAACAGCAACAGCAAUUAAAACACACCCUGGCCUUAGCUGCUAAAAGAGAAAAAGAGGGUGCACUGGCAGCUCUAGCCAGUGCUGAAUCAGAGGUGAAAAGCUCACCUGUUAGAUCUUGUAAGUAUGUAAAUAUUUGUUAGAUAAACUUAGGAAACUAUUUAAAAUAUUAGCCCUGAAGUUUGAAUAGAAAAAGUACAUUAAUUUAACAUUUCAUUAUAUGGCUUCUCUGAAAGUGUUUUUCUAUGAUAACUAUAAAAUAAUGUUGGGAAGAAAAGUGAUUGUUUUUGUGCCUGAUAAUGGAAAAUAGGAAGAAGGGACAUAACAAGCAAAAUAAUGUACUUCACGUAAUCCCCAUGUUUUUUUCCUGACUAUCACAUCAUGAAAAAAAUUGGUUUGAGGAAUAGGUUGAUGUGACACACCAUCAUAUACGCAAUUGGCUGAAAACCGGGGUGACAGAAACAUGAGAAUUUUGCCUAAAGGCCAGGAUGAUGGAAAUAAUUUGCCAUG